AUGAGCAUAACCCAUGCUGAGAACCGUGCUUGGAUAUUGAGAAUACGUGAUGUUAAGGAAGCGGAYAAAGGCUGGUAUAUGUGUCAGAUCAAUACGGAUCCGAUGAAGAGUCAAGUUGGUUACCUGGAUGUUGUGGUUCCACCCGAUAUCCUUGAUUUUCCCACCAGCACGGAUAUGGUGAUACGAGAGGGGGCGAACGUAACGCUGAAAUGUGCAGCAGUUGGUUCACCAACACCUACCAUAACGUGGCGACGGGAAGGUGGCGAACCGAUACCGCUGCCCAACAAUACCGAAGUUCCGCCAAUGGUUUGGAUACAAAAUCAGUUAGUGGGUGCUGCCACCCGUCAAAACGUAGCACUUGAGUGUCAGUCAAAGGCGUAUCCGAAGUCAGUCAAUUACUGGACGAAGAACGAUACGAUCAUUGUGCCGG